CGCGCUGGCCGUUUCCUGUACCCGCACAGUGUUGUGAGACGCAGAAAGCCAUGUGUGUCGAAGCAAAGGAAAAAUCUGUCUGUGAAUGAUUUCACCCAUGGACAACUCCUCUUUCAUCUCACCUAAAGAGAAAAAUAUCAGAUCCUGAGAACCAGGAAAGAGGAGAGACGCUGGGAGUCACGAGGAGGAAGAGGAGGGGGAGGAAGAACAGGGGCUGCGAGCCAGUUGUCACACACCUCUUUCUCUCUCUCUCUUCCAACUCUGAGAGCACCAGAGGAAAGGUGGGGAGUUAAGGACAGGAAAUGAGGAGUGUGGGAGAGCCACUGCAGGGCUCAGAGCAGGAAUGAAAGCAGGCUGAAUUGAUCUGAUUAAACUGCCUGAUUAUUUGCUUGCAUCACUGACUGAUAAGCUGAAGCGCUUUGUUACUCUUCGGCUUUUUUUUUGCUCCAUUGUAUUCUGUGAUCCCUUCUCUCAUUGGAGGAGAGGAAGGAAGAGGCGUGGCCCAUCGGGACACUCCAAAGUAGCGGAGGGCUUGUUUCUCGUUUUUUUGGGGGGUGACUGAAGGAGAGAUUGAGCACGAUGGCGGACCCCAUCAUGGACCUGCUGGAUGACACACCGCUCUUCAGCCUGGACAGCCUGCCGGAAGCCUUCACACAGGGCUCCUCUGACCCUGUGGAGGAGGCGCUGAAGCUGGCCCUGGGCCAGGUGGACACCCCGCCCAUCCCCGCCCCGGCCCCCGUCCAGCAGCCUGCCCAGGUGGCGCUGGCCCCCGCCGUGCCGGUGUCCGCGCAGUCGGUUGCGCAGACGGCUGUCCCAGUGGGCAGCAGCAGUGGGGCCGCCACGGUGCUGCUGGGGUCACCCCUGGCUGUGCCCGUCUCCACCGCCACGCCGCAGCAGGUGACCGCCGGACAGGCCGCCCCCAAAAUCGUUAUCCUGAAGGGCCCCCAGGGGCAGGUGCUGCAGGGCGUGGCUGCGGGCGGGGUCACCGGCUCCCCGACCGGGAAGGUUACCAUCGCCAGAGUGCUGACCGGAACCCCGCUGAGGCCUGGCAUGUCCAUCGUUUCCGGGGGGGCGGUUUUAAAUGCAACGCCGCCUGCGCAGGGCCAAGUGAAAGUUGGGACGGGUGUGCAGCGGUUGGUGCAGUCCCCCAACGGCCCGCUCAAGCAGGUGCUGCUGACCUCAGUGCCCCAGACGCAGCUGCAGACACAGACGCAGGUGCAGCUGCAGACGCAGCCCCAGACGCAGGUGCAACUGCAGACGCAGCCCCAGGUGCAGCUGCAGACGCAACCCCAGACGCAGGUGCAACUGCAGACGCAGCCCCAGGUGCAGACACAGGUGCAGCUGCAGACGCAGCCCCAGGUGCAGACACAGGUGCAGCUGCAGCCUCAGACGCAGGUGCAGCUGCAGACACAGACGCAAGCCACUGCUGCCGUGAGCAAUGCCACCGUCCGGCCACAAGGCGUGACCCUGACUACAGUCCCGCAGCAGGGCGGGGAGGCGAAGAGGAUCACUCUGGUGCUGCAGCAGCCGGCGCAGGCCGGGGCGGGACAGGGCGGGACGGUGACAGUGGGAGGGGCCGGGGGCGGGGCUGGCCAGCAGCCGCGGCUGGUGCUGGGGUCCCUCCCCGGGAAGCUGGUCCUGCAGGGGGGGCAGCUGGCGGCGCUGACGCAGGCGCGGGCGGGGCAGCCGGGGGCGGGACAGCCGGGAGCGGGGCAGCCUAAAGUGCUGACCAUCCAGCUGCAGGUGCAGCAGCAGCCCAACGCGCAGGGAGCGAAGUUUCAGCUGGUCUCUGGAGCGCCCUCCGCUGGCAGCCCCCAGGUGGUGCAGAUCUCCCAGGGACAGGGCGGACAGCGGCUGGCUGUGCCACUCAAACUGCUGCUGCAGCAGCCACAGGCUGGGUCCACCUCUACAGCAGGGGGCACUGUCUCCGUGGUGAAGGUCAUUAACACCUCAGCCGCCGGCUCCUCCACCAUCACCACUUCGGCGGCGGGGGGGUCGUCCGCAGUACCGCGCUCGCCGAAGGGGGCAGAGCCGCUGCGGCGCGUGGAGACCCUGUGCAAGCAAGAAAAGGCUAAUCGCAUCGUGGCCGAGGCCAUCGCCCGAGCCAAGGCCCGCGGCGAGAGGAACAUCCCCCGCGUGCUGAACCUGGACGAGCUGCCGGCCGGCACCACGCCUGGCCUCGCCAGCGUCGAGCUCGGCCCCGCCUCCACCUCCACCACCCCUGGCAAGAAGAAGACCGGCGGGGGCGGGGCCAAGAAGAAGAGCCCCUCCUCCACAGGGGGAAAAGGCGGAGCUGGAGGAGAGAAGAAAGGCAAGGCCAAGCUAACGGGCGGAGUCACUGCAGGGGGAGUGGCUGCAGGGGGCGGAGCUGGUGGCAGCAAGAGCAAAAGCAAGACCAAGGCCAACACCAUCACGCCGGUGGGGGGGAAGAAGAGGAAGCGAACAGGCUCCUCGGAUCACUCUGACGGGGAGCUCAGCCCCCCUGCCUCCCCCCACGCCCUGGAGGAGGACAUGAUGCAGAAGAGGCGCUCUAACCGCCAGGUGAAGCGGAAGAAGUACACUGAAGACCUGGAUAUUAAGAUCACUGACGAUGAGGACGAGCAGGAAGAGGAAGUGGACGUUACCACGACAGCGGGGGUGAUGGGUCAGGAGCAGCUGAUGGGGGAGCAGCUGCAGGAGCUUUCGGCCGAUGGGGACGGCCUUCCCAGCAUGCAGUUCUUUGUGGAAAACCCCAGUGAGGAAGAUGCUGCUAUUGUGGACAAAGUCUUGGCCAUGAGAGUGACCAAGAAGGAGGUUUCUCCUGGACAGUAUGUGAAUGUGGAGGAGUUCUUUGUCAAAUACAAGAACUACUCCUACAUGCACUGUGAGUGGGCCAGCAUGGAGCAGCUGGAGAGGGAUAAGAGGAUCCACCAGAAGCUGAAGAGGUUCAAGACCAAGCAGGCGCAGAUGAGGAACCUGUUUCAGGAGGAGGAGGGGCUGAAGCUCACCUUCUCCAAACAGGCCCUGCUGCCCAACGGCUCAGGGGGAGAGGGGAGCAGCCGCAGGAAGCGCAAGGAGCUGGAGCAGCUGUGUGACCCCGACGGCCCGGCCGCUGUGCGCCGCAGGGACCUGCCCGACUGGCUGAAGGACGAGGCCGAUGGAGACAUGCUGGAGCUGCUGGCCAACAGCCGCGGUCAGAGGAAGAGGAGGAGGAGGAAGAAGACCGAGAAGGCGAAGGAGGCAGCAGCACUGACAGGCAGUGAGAGAGUGAAGCUGGUGGACAUGAGGACGGGCAGAAAGUUUGGGGGUGUGUUGGGCCCCGCGCUGCAGGACCUGAGAGAGUGUCUGGAGGAAAACCCCGACUACGCUGUAGCUCCUGAGUGGGCUGACGCUGUCCGCAACUCGGGCUUCCUCCCGGAGACUCUGUUUCACAGGCUGCUGUCUCCCAAGCGCGGCCGCCUCUGCCCCGCGCCCCCCCAGGCCCAGCUGCAGGACCCGCUGCUGGGGGGCGGCGGCGGCGAGACCCUGGUCUCAGACGGGGCCUACAUGAUGGAGGAUGAGGACCUGGACGACGGCGGCAUCGCCUCCUCUCACCACUUCCUGACGCCCGCCUUCGACGUGAAGAUGGAGGCGGGGGCUCUGCAGAUGGACGGGGGCCACAGCCUAUCACACGGCGGCUACGAGAGCUCUGACAGGGAGGUGGCCAUCUUGGAUGAUGUCAUAAUGGCACCCAAAAAUUCAGACUCUUCAUCCAGCUCUGAAGAUUGACCAAGCCUUCCUCACCAGGCCCCCUCCCUUUCAUCAUGACCUUUUCCCUUCCAUUGUUCUAUUCCUCUCCCUCUAUUUUAUUUUUAUUAUUAUUAUUAUAAAUGUUGGAUUAUGGAUGGAUUUUGUUGGGGUUCUUUUUUUUUUUUUUUUUUUUUUUUACAUAGUUAUGGGAAAAGAGCAGUUCAUUCUUUCAGGCUGGCACCCACCCCCUCCUCCGUGCUCCUGUCUGUCAUGUCCUCGGCCCCGCCCCCGCCCCGCCCCGCCGGUUGGCGGGCAGCCUGUACAGAAGACUGUCUUUGGGACCAGCCUGGCCUGGCAGCACCCCCGCACCGCGCCAGGCCGCAGACCCAGGGAACACGCAGUCGUCUCGUUGUGUGUGUCUGUCCCGUCGUGGAUCAGCCGUCUGUCUGUCUGACUGACUUAGGUUUCCGGAGAACAGGGCUAUGAAGUUGUGUGUGCAUUGGGGAAGGGGAGGGGAUGGGCAUAGUUACUGAUCAGGAAUUAGAAAGAUGGGUGUAUUGUACAAUGUAGCGUUGCUCACCUGCCUGCGAAUAUGAAGAUGACAAUGAUGAGUUAUUAUUCUUGUUUUAUGAACUGACUCUGUUUCUGUGAUAUGGAUAUGAAUAACAUUCUACAGACUGA